AUGUCGUCUAGAACACAAAAAAUGCUGGAACUAGCAAAAGUAGUUUUUGAAGAAGGGCGAGAACUAAAUAAUAGUGAUUCUGAUUGUUUAAUGCAGCCACUUAAAGAACCUUCUGGUGAGAAAAUGAGCCAAAUAAUUGAAGAAGAACUAAUAAAUCUACCAACUAUUUUAAUGCCAGAUCUUGGCGACCAUUCUAUUGAUGAAUUUGCGGAUAUUAUUACUAGUGUAAACCAAAAUGAGGCUGAAAACGAAAGGGUUUUAAUUGUUGGAAAUAUUUCUAACUUAGAAUUUCAUGAUAACAGUAAUUAUAAAAAUGAUGUCAACGAAACUGAGGCUAACAAGGAACCCUCUGGCAAUGAGACUAACUCCGAAUUAGAGAAAAAUGAGGAGAAUGAGGAACCAACAUUAAAAAGAAAAAGAUCUUUCAAUAAUAAAGAAAAGGAAGAUAGAUGGGACCAACUUAAAAACAAGAAGGAGAUGGAGCAAGGUGUGAAAUACAAAGGCAAAAAGAAAAGAGGGUUAGAGUGGGACUACAGCGUGGAAAAACCAGCUAGAUUUAUUUCAGCACCCUGUAGCUGCAAACUUGGACAAAAGACCACGAAACUUAAAUGUCAAACAUUAAGUGAAGAAAUGAGGCAACGGCUUUAUAAUAAGUUUUGGUCAAAAAUGUCUUGGAAAGAAAAGAAAAUGUAUGUAAAGGGAUUGGUCCAAGUGGAAGGUGUUAAAAGGAGGCAAGGAAGACAAGAAGGCCCAUCAAGAAGGGAUUUUUCCAUGAAAUAUUUUCUAAAAAACGGCGUGCAACUAGUAAGAGUGUGCAAGAAAAUGUUCGCAGGGACUUUAGGCCUAAAAGAACGCGGAAUUGUAAAUUGGGUAAGGGAGGACUACUUACAAGAACCACAGGAAAGAGAAAACAUAAACAAAAAAAUAUCGGAUGCGAAAUUUUUAAGUUUAAUGCAGAAAAUAAACAUGUCAGUAUUUAGACCGAAGAAAGACGAGUGUGACGUUUGUGUCGGCCAUCAGACUAAAAAUGUUACUGAUGACGUUUAUAAUCUACAUCAAAUUUUAAAAGAAGAAGCUAGAGCGGAUAAAGAAAAGGACAAGCAAGCUGAAGAUGCCAUUACAUUCACUAUGGAUCUUCAGUCAGUUCUUUUAUCACCAAAAACUAAUGUCUCUGCGAUGUAUUACAAAACUAAAUUAAUAGUACACAACUUCACGAUUUACAAUUUGCAAACUAAGGAAGCCUAUUGCUUUUUAUGGAAUGAGGCUGAAGGGCAAACAACUGCUCAAGAGUUUACGUCUAUUUUAAUAUACUUUGUAGAAGAUAAAGUUGUGCCUAAAGCAAAGGAAACUGGCAAAAUAAUUAUACUUUUUAGUGACGGAUGUUCAAGUCAAAAUAGGAAUAGCAUCCUCUCUAAUGCACUUUUCCACUUGGCUUCUGUGAAUAAUGUGUCCAUACUUCAAAAAUAUCUCACCAAAGGGCACACUCAGAUGGAAGUUGAUUCCAUGCAUUCGUCGAUUGAGAGGGUUUUAAAGAGAACAAAAAUUCAUUUACCUGCAGACUAUAUCGAAGUUUGUAAGAGUGCUCGACGCAGUCCAUUUCCUUACCAGGUUGAAUAUUUUACACAUGGAUUUUUCAGAAACUUUUCUGCGUUAAACUACUUUCCAUCUAUUCGACCUGGUAAAAUGGUGGGCGAUCCGACAGUUAUGGAUAUCAAGGCAUUGAAGUAUGAAAAUGGUACUUUGACGUAUAAACUCCGACAUACAUCGGAAGUUUGGGAAGAACUGCCAAGAAGAAUGAAAAUAGACAUACAAUUUAACAUAAAGUCUUACAGAGAUUUACCGCCACUCUAUAGCGAUAGAAGAAAAAUAAAGAAAGAAAAAUAUCAACACCUACAAGCAUGUUUUUUAAUUUGUUCCUAA